GGGGCGCGGGCCGGGCGGACUCCGGGGCUCGCAGACGCGGGGCCCGCGUGCCAUGAACCUCCGCGCCGGAGGCGGCAGCAGCGGGCGCCGGGCGGAUCAGCGCAGCGAGGCGGCCGAGCGGAUCCAGCGCAGCCGGGAGGCCGGGCAGAUGCGGGGCGGCGCGGCGGCGGUCAGCAGGUGGCGAACCCACGGCCAGGCUUCCGUGGCAAGCAGCCCUAGAGGAAUGACCGUCCUGUCCCUGAGAGCCCCUGGGCCCUGGCAGGCGAUCCAGGUAUGGGCAGACAGGGUGCUGUUGACUCCGCACACCGCGGUGACUUCUCAGGUUCUGGGGGUGGCAGCUGCAGUGAUGACACCACUUCCUGGUGGUCACACCGCGGGCAGGACGCGGGAGGCCAGGUGGGAUGCUAUGGAAUAUGAUGAGAAGCUGGCCCGGUUCCGGCAGGCGCACCUCAACCCCUUCAACAAGCAGUCUGGGCCAAGACAGCAUGAGCAGGGCCCUGGGGAGGAGGCCCCGGACAUCACUGCUGAAGAGGCCCUGCCUGAGCUGCCCCCUGGGGAGCCAGAGUUCCGCUGCCCUGAACGCGUGAUGGAUCUCGGCCUGUCUGAGGACCACUUCUCCCGCCCUGUGGGUCUGUUCCUGGCCUCUGACGUCCAGCAGCUGCGGCAGGCGAUCGAGGAGUGCAAGCAGGUGAUUCUGGAGCUGCCCGAGCAGUCCGAGAAGCAGAAGGAUGCCGUGGUGCGUCUCAUCCACCUCCGGCUGAAGCUCCAGGAGCUGAAGGACCCCAAUGAGGAUGAGCCAAACAUCCGAGUGCUCCUUGAGCACCGCUUCUACAAGGAGAAGAGCAAGAGUGUCAAGCAGACCUGUGACAAGUGUAACACCAUCAUCUGGGGGCUCAUCCAGACCUGGUACACCUGCACAGGGUGUUAUUACCGCUGUCACAGCAAGUGCUUGAACCUCAUCUCCAAACCCUGUGUGAGCUCCAAAGUCAGCCACCAAGCGGAAUACGAACUGAACAUCUGUCCUGAGACAGGGCUGGACAGCCAGGAUUACCGCUGUGCCGAGUGCCGGGCACCCAUCUCUCUGCGGGGUGUGCCCAGUGAGGCCAGGCAGUGUGACUACACCGGCCAGUACUACUGCAGCCACUGCCACUGGAACGACCUGGCUGUCAUCCCUGCACGCGUGGUGCACAACUGGGACUUUGAGCCUCGAAAGGUAUCUCGCUGCAGCAUGCGCUACCUGGCGCUGAUGGUGUCUCGGCCCGUGCUCAGGCUCCGGGAGAUCAACCCUCUGCUGUUCAACUACGUGGAGGAGCUGGUGGAGAUUCGCAAGCUGCGCCAGGACAUCCUGCUCAUGAAGCCAUACUUCAUCACAUGCAGGGAGGCCAUGGAGGCUCGUCUGUUGCUGCAGCUCCAGGAUCGGCAGCAUUUUGUGGAGAACGACGAGAUGUACUCUGUCCAGGACCUCCUGGACGUGCAUGCUGGCCGUCUGGGCUGCUCGCUCACUGAGAUCCACACGCUCUUCGCCAAGCACAUCAAGCUGGACUGCGAGCGGUGCCAGGCCAAGGGCUUCGUGUGUGAGCUCUGCAGAGAGGGCGAUGUGCUGUUCCCGUUCGACAGCCACACGUCUGUGUGCACUGACUGCUCUGCCGUCUUCCACAGGGACUGCUACUACGACAACUCCACCACGUGCCCCAAGUGUGCCCGGCUCAGCCUGAGAAAGCAGUCGCUCUUCCAGGAGCCAGGUCCCGACGUGGAGGCCUAGCACUGAGGAAGAGUGCUGGGCACCCUGCCUGGCCCGCUGGGACCCACCCUGCCAACGUCAAGUUGUUCGUCCUGCUCUGGAGACCCCUGGGGUGUGGCCCCUGGACCCCUCCACCCCUGCUGGGUGGGCAGUGUCGAGGACCGAGGGGGUGGGUAGUGUCAGGGACCGUUGUCUCCCAGGUGCUUGCUGGGACUCGGGGCGGCCGCACCUGGGUGUGCUGCUGUGAGGGGUCCUUGCGUGGCCCCCAUCCUUCCCCCAAUGGGCAGGGAGUUGGGGGGACAUCUCACCUCCCCCAUGGCACAGAACCUUCCACACCCCUGAACCAGGGCAUCUGGGCCCUAGAGAUUCCACAGCUCCCGUCCUGGCCACCCUGGAAACUCAUCAGGCCAAGACCCCAAGAGAGCUGCAGAGGAGUGUUGAGUAACACCUGAGGCUGUGGCUGCACACACCGAGGAGUGUUGCGUAACACUUGAGGCUGUGGCUGCACACACAGAGGAGUGUUGAGUAACACCUGAGGCUGUGGCUGCACACACCCCACCAAGGGCUGGGUCUCACCUGCGGUGGGGUUUCGGCUCUGCCUGGAGGCUCUAUCCCUUUCAGCCACUCGUCGCCUUGGGGACUUCUGGUUGUCCCCAGCUGAGGCUGUUCACAGUUGUCACCUGUAGACCUGCCUCUACCCUGGCCUGAGAUUCAAAGGCCUCAUUGGGUGGUCAGUUCAGUGGGGUUACCUGUUGUUUCUGUACAGCAGCAGGGAAGGAGGCCAUGGAGCUUUUCCCUGCUGGGCACUCCUGCCUUGGCCCAGCUCCUUUCCUGGUGCUCCAAGCUAGGAGGCCGUGGCCCCAGCCUGAGGAGGGUGUCCUGGCCUCCAGGUGUGGAGCAGGGACUGUGUACUGUGGGAGGUUUCAGUUAGGCGAUGGGAUCCUACAGGGGUCUGAUGGCAUUUCUUGGAACCAGAUUUGCCUGAGGAACUCUGUCCUGCUGCCUGUGGAGGGCUCUAGAUAGCUCGGAAAUGACCAGCCAGUGGCCUUUUGUUUGGGGGCCUGAGGUCAAGAGCUGAGAGUAUUUGCUCGACAGCCCAUUCAGGAAGAUCAGGGCAGGGGCGUGUGGGAGGUCCCUCACUCCACAGGACAGAGGCCCCUGGACAGCAGAGGAAAACUACAGCUCUGGGUGAGGGGACACUUGGCUUUGGUGUUUGCACUUUACAGAUCCUGCGGUCCACGAGGGGCCUCAGGAGAGGACAUGUCAGGACAUGGCUUCCCAGCCUUUUACCUUGGGAAGUGGGGGUGCUCCUGUCCUUUUCCCCCACACCCUGGACUGCACUUGGCUGUUGGUGCACAUGGUUGGCACACAUGGUGGGCAGAGAAUGUCACUGCUUGGAUAUUUGUCCCCUUUGACCAGGAAGCCCAAGAGGAGACACCUCAGCCAGCAGAAAGGCCACCCAGCUCACUGGCUCAUUCCAGGAGCGGGAGAGGUGGCAGGGUCUCCUCUUUGCCCUCCGUCAUCAGGAAGGGGAUGGUGUCCUCUUCCGACUGUGGUGGCUUUAGGCAAGGUUCUUACUGUCUGCUCUGCCUCGGUUUCCCCAUCUGGAAAAUGGGGGCAGGGGUACUGACCUACCUCAGGUGGCAAGGUGAGCAGGGAACAUGUUGGAGUCCUUUAGAGAGUGUGAUGUGAGGUUGGAUCAACAGUGUGGGUUCCUGUCCUGCUUCCCCUUCCUCUUUGGGGCUGAGGAGGGGGUUAAAGGCCAAAUGCUGUUUCCCAACACCCCGAAGUCUGCACACGUCUCAUGAAUGCAUCACAUAUGGAUAUUAGCCAUUCCGAAAUCUGUGUAAUCAACUUCACAUUAUUCAAGUUACAAAUCACUGUGUCCAUAGAAAAACUAUGCUGGCAUUUGCUGGACAAAGGGUUGGCCCCUUUUAUUUUUACCUGCCACCCAGCAUCUUCCCCACCUGCCCCUUCUGGGUGACACAGUCUGUAAACAGAAUCAUGUAUAGGUCUUUGUCUGAGUCUGUAGCACAGCAGGAAAAGCCCAGCAAGGACCCAGUUUGCACCGCCAGCACCCACACCAUGGGUGGUCCCACAGCACGGGACCAAGCUGGCCUGAGGGAUGCCCAGUUGUAACAAUGCUGCUGUCACUGUCUCAUUAAAUAUAUGUCCUUU